UUCUUAUUCAGGCAUUUCUGAAUUAAUCUUUUUUUUUUUUUUUGAGAUUCGAUGAUCUUCCAACAAGUAAGGGUUAUAGUUAUACAUCAAUGGUGUAGGAUAGGACAAGGAUGUUUUUUGUUUGAGGAAAUUUAUCAACAGACAUUGUUUAUCCCCACUGCUUUCUAAUAUUAGACAUUAACACGUGUAUGAAUCUCUUCAACUGCGGCUUAAAUCACUCUAGUCCAUUGUUAGUUUCUCUUUUCCAUUUUUUUUUCCCAAUCUUUUAUCUGAAAACCAUUUUUGUUCCACCGGUGCUUGGUUUCCCUUCCAAGAUGGAGAGGUCCAUCAUCCUCGUCUUCCUUUCAUUGUUACUACUGUUUUUCAACCAUUGUUCCUUCCUUCAUGUUCAUUCUUCCGGCAUCACACUUCGACGACCCAAUGAACACGUUCGGUUCAAUCUGAUUCACAGGCAUUCACCUGAGCUCGGGGAAGAUCCCGGAACGACCCUUGGACCCCCAAGCAGUCAAAGGGAACGCAUAAAACAGCUCAUGCAUGGCGACAAUGCCAGGCUGCAUACAAUUUCACAAAGGAUAGGCCCUAGAAGGAAGAAUGUCGAGGUUAUGAUGGCGACUACUUAUAAAAUCAAUUUGGUGGAGCUCCCAAUGCGAUCAGCUGCUGAUAUAGGGACAGGCCAAUAUUUUGUUUCCUUCAGGGUGGGGAGCCCUCCCAAGAAGUUUAUCAUGAUUGCUGAUACAGGAAGCAGUCUUACAUGGAUGAAAUGCAAAUAUAAGUGCAAAAAUUGUUCCAGGGAAAGGACCAUUCUUGAUGAGAGGAUUUUUCAAGCAAACAAAUCACGUACCUUUAAGCCAAUUCCAUGCUCCUCCGACGUUUGCAAAAUUGAUCUCUUCCGAUCUUUCUCUUUGGCCCACUGUCCUACGCCAAUGGCUCCUUGUGGCUAUGAUUACAGAUACGCAGAUGGCACAAGAGUGGUCGGAAUCUUUGGCAAUGAUACUGUUAAAGUCCGCCUCAGCGGCGGCGAAAAGAUAAAAGUGACGGACGUAAUGGUCGGGUGUAGCGAGACAAUAAGGGGGAACUUCCAUGACAUCGACGGGGUAAUGGGGUUAGGUUUCGACCGCUACUCAUUUGCAGUGAAAGCAGCAAAGCAGUUUGGACACAAGUUUUCAUACUGCUUGGUUGAUCAUUUGAGCCCAAGUAAUCUCGUUAACUUUCUUGUCUUCGGUGAAGUUUCUAUUUCUCCAUUGCCAAACAUGCAACACACAGAGUUGAUCCUUGGAAUAAUAAAUCCAUAUUAUGCUGUAAAUGUUUCUGGUAUCUCAGUAGAUGGUAAAAUGCUGGAUAUCCCAUCAGAUGUAUGGGAUGUUAGGGGUGAUGGUGGGGUUAUCAUGGACUCAGGUGCAAGCUUAACAUUCCUGGUGAAACCUGUGUUUGAUAAAGUCAUUGCUGCUUUCCAGGCUCCUUUAAGCAAAUUUGAGAAACUGGAGUUGAACUUGGGGCCAGACUAUUGUUUUAGUGAUGCAGGGUUCAAGGAGUCGAUGAUUCCAAAACUUGCAAUCCAUUUUGCUGAUGGAGCUAAGUUGGCGCCGCCAGUGAAGAGUUAUGUCAUCGAUGCUGAUGAUGGGGUGAAGUGCCUUGGCUUUGCCUCGACUGGUUGGCCUGGAACAACCGUGAUUGGUAAUAUUUUGCAGCAAAAUCAUUUGUGGGAAUUUGAUCUGAAGAAUAGCAAGUUGGGUUUUGCUCCUUCUAGCUGUACAUUUCAUUGAUCAAAAGGAUAAAACUAUAGAGUUGGGCACUCUAUUUGGAAGUCAUGUCAUGUCAUCAGCAGCUCUCCGGUGUAUCGUUUUCAUAUAUGUAUAUUCAUAAAAAAAAAAAUUACUUAACCAUGGAUUUAUAUGUAAUUCAUCCCUAUUUGUUUUCCUUUUUUUUCAUUUUAAGAAUUAAAAAUUUGUCAUAUAUCCUAUUGUACUAUAUUUAAAAAAUUAAUCAUACAUGUUAUAUAU